CUGUGAAAUCCUCAUGCAUGGCUAGGUUUUACCCACCCCGUUUGCCUCGGCCUCCUCCGUCGCAAGCACUUGACGAAUGGCGGUGGCGCCUUCAUCCACCUCCUCCUCAUCAUCAUCAUUUGUCCAUUUCCAGCCAUAUUCAAAUAAACGAAACCGCCGUGCUUCCCAUCAUUUGCCGUCAUGUCUCCGAGGGUCGAACUAAUGGCAUCUUCUUUGGAGAAAACCCUUUGACCUACACCUUCCCUUUCAUACUCUUCGAGUUCUUUGUCGUCGUCAUCCUCACCCGCCUCAUUCGUUUCCUCCUCAAGCCUCUCAAACAGCCUAAGAUCAUCUCCGAGAUUAUCGCCGGCAUCUUGUUGGGACCCUCAGUUCUGAGACACAAAACAUGGUUCUCAAAGAAUAUAGUCCCCGCGGGAAAUGCCGAGUUUGUGGUCAGCAAUAUUGGGAUAAUGGGCUUCAUGUUCUUUCUUUUCGUAUAUGGUGUGAAGAUGGACACCACCCUGAUUAAAAAGUCUGGGAAAAAGCAUAUUUCUAUAGCUUUGAUGAGUAUACUCAUUCCCUCGAUAGCGGCUUUUUCUGUGGCAAUGAUCAUGAGAAAGAACAUGGACACAGAGCUCGCCAAGAUAACUUCACUUGGGGGCAUUUCCAUGUACAUGGGACUCUCGUCGUGUCCUUUGCUAUUCAUCGUCCUCAAAGAGAACAACCUUCUAAGCUCCGAAGUGGGUCGAACAUCUAUAUCGACCGGUCUAAUUGGUGACCUUGUGGGUAUAAUUAUCGCAGUGGUGUUUGAAGCCGGAAAACAAGGAGAUACAGGAGCUAUGCAUACUUUGUGGUACUUGAUCUCCCUAGUAAUUUAUGUGGUUAUUUUUUUCGUAUUUAUUAGAAGAGCUAUGGUGUGGAUAUGUGACACAACCCCAGAAGGGGAAGCAGUGAAAUCGACUUACGUGACUUUCAUUCUGUUGGGGAUUUUUAUGGCGUCGUUCAUGACUGACUUGGUGGGCUUAUCCAUCGGAGCCGGGGCGUUAUGGCUAGGGCUGGUGAUUCCGGCUAAUCCUCCUCUGGGAACAACGAUUUUGGAGAAGACUGAGACGCUUAUGACUGAGUUUUUUAUGCCAUUCUCGUUCCUUUUGAUAGGAUAUAACACUGAUGUUUAUGCCAUGAUUGCUGCUGACUGGUCCUAUUUGCAUCCGUUGUUCUGCAUGGCUUUAACCGCGUAUUUGACCAAGUUUUUCUCUACUUGGUUUACCACUAUCUAUUGGCGAAUGCCUUUCAGAGAUGGACUACCUCUCAGUCUCCUCUUGAGCUUAAGAGGCCAGAUUGAACUUAUCAUGUUUAUGCAUUGGCUGGACAAAAAGAUGAUAAAGCCGCCAGGAUACACGAUAUUGGUACUAAUGACAAUAGCAGUAACUGCAAUAUUCACUCCUGUGAUCAUGAUCCUCUACGAUCCCUCAAAGCCGUAUAUGGUGAACAAAAGGAGAACCAUCCAACAUACCCCUCCCAACACAGACCUUGUCAUCGUCCUAUCCAUCCUCGAUAGAGAAAGCAUUGGUGGCAUCAUCAACCUCCUCGAGCUUUCUGCUCCCACUUCAGGCAAUCCAACCUCCAUCUUAGCCCUCCACCUCAUCGAGCUCUUAGGCCGAACUAACCCCAUUUUUUUCGACCACGACAGACAACAAGUCCCUCCUAAGUACAAAUGCAUCCAAACCAUCAACGCCCUCACGCACUUUCAAAGCGUCCGAGGCUUCGACUCUGUGAAGCUUCGUUUCUUCACAGCCAUCACAAGCAAGCAAACCAUGUACCAAGAUAUAUGUGAGGUAGCCUUAGAUAACAAAGCCACUCUGAUCGUCUUAUCCCUUCCUCGGGGAGCUAUCACUCAUAACCUCGAAGGAGCUAUAGUAUCGGGGGAUGGAUUAAGAGCCGUGAUAUCCCAUGUUUUAACUCAUGCUCCUUGCUCCGUCGGGAUUCUGGUCGACAAGAGUGAGAAUCUCGGGAGCCUCAUCAGAGGACAUAACAGUGUUAACGGUUCGUUUGGCAGGUCAGGAUUCAAGCUGGCGGUGUUGUUUCUCGGAGGGGCGGAUUGCAGAGAGGCUUUGGUCUACGUGGAUCGAAUGGUGGCGGGCAACGAAGACUUAAGGGUGACGGUGGUGAGGUUUCUGGCAUUUAACCACGAAGGGGAGACGGAGACGGAGAAGAAGUUGGACGACGGAACGAUGACGUGGUUUUGGGUGAAGAAUGAACGGAACGAAAAUGUGGAGUACAGGGAGGUGGUGGUGGAGGACGGGGAGCAGACGGUGGGAGCGGUUCAGGGGAUGAACGAUGGAAGUUAUGAUCUGUGGAUUGUGGGGAGGAGACACGGGAUGAACCCAGUGAUUGUGAGUGGGUUAUCUAAUUGGAGUGAGAAUGAAGAUUUAGGAGUGAUAGGAGACUAUGUUGCGUCCGUAGAUUUUAGUAGUUCUGCUUCUGUUCUAGUGAUACAGCAGCAAAUCCUUAGAGGGUAAACGGAUUUCAACAACAUUGUUCAGGAAAAUCUGCGGCUUUGAUAGAAUUUAGGGGUGUAC